UGAAUUCCGAUGAAGCUCCUCCCACUUGGUCGCACACCACUCUCAGUCUCAGUAGCAGCCUCCACCCCUUUUCGUCACAGACAUUUCUCAGCAUCCAAAUUCGACGACGAAAACGACCCUCGUUUUGUGUCAAUCCUUUCCGACAUCGUUCGAGGAACCAAGAGUUGGAAGGUGGCCUUCAACGACGCUUGCGUUUCAUCUAAGUUGAGGCCCCAUCAUGUUGAGCAAGUUUUGAUCAACACCUUGGACGAUCCCAAGUUAGCUUUGAGGUUCUUCAACUUUCUGGGUUUGCACAAAAACUUGAACCAUUCAACAACCUCCUUUGCCAUCUUGGUUCACGCCCUUGUUCAGGCAAGGCUUUUCUGGCCUGCAAAUUCGCUCUUGCAAACCCUUUUCCUUCGUGGGUCUGACCCAAAAUUGAUUUUUUCCUACUUUCUAGAUUCUCACAGGCAAUGUAAGUUUUCCUCCACUUUGGGUUUCGAUUUGUUGGUUCAGAAUUACCUCCAAAAUGCAAGAGUUUUUGAUGCUGUGUUCAUUGUAAAGCUCAUGCUUGCCAACGCCUUAUUACCUGAAGUUAGAACAUUAAGUGCGCUCUUGAACGGGCUCUUGAAAAUUAGAAAAUUUAUAACGGUUUGGGAAUUGUUUGAUGAGUCCGUGAAUGCUGGUGUUCAACCUGAUCCUUAUACUUGUUCGGCUGUAGUCAGAAGCCUGUGUGAAUUGAAAGAUUUUUUUAGAGCUAAGGAAAAGAUUCUGUGGAUGGAAUCUAAUAGGUUUGAUUUAAGUAUUGUCACUUAUAAUGUCUUAAUUCAUGGGCUAUGCAAGGGUGAUCGAGUUUGGGAAGCUGUUGAGGUUAAAAGAUCAUUGGGGGAAAAGGGUCUGAAAGCAGAUGUUGUUACAUACUGUACACUAGUACUUGGUUUUUGUAGGGUGCAACAGUUUGAGGCUGGUAUACAACUUAUGAAUGAAAUGGUUGAAUUGGGGCUUGCUCCAACCGAGGCUGCUAUCUCAGGGUUAGUGGAAGGGUUAAGAAAGCAGGGAAAGAUCGACAAUGCUUAUGAUUUGGUAGUUAAGGUUGGAGGAUUUGGUUUUCUGCCGAAUUUGUUUGUUUGUAAUGCAUUAAUCAACUCUUUGUGCAAAGGUGGAGAUUUGGAUAAGGCAGAGUCGCUUUAUAAUAAUAUGUGUUUGAUGAACUUGCGUCCCAAUGAUAUUACUUAUUCUAUUUUGAUUGAUUCCUUUUGCAGAAGGGGGAGGUUGGAUGUUGCAAUAACUUAUUUUGAUAGAAUGAUAGAAGAUGGUAUAAAAGAAACUGUAUAUGCCUACAACUCUUUGAUAAAUGGCCAGUGCAAGUUUGGGGAUUUGAGUGCUGCCGAGUUUCUGUUUACCGAGAUGAUCAAUAAAGGGUUGGAGCCUACGGCUACAACCUUUACUACAUUGAUUAGUGGGUACUGCAAAGACCUACAACUACAAAAAGCAUUUAAGCUAUAUAAUGAGAUGAUUGGGAAACGAAUUACUCCAAACAUUUAUACUUUCACUGCACUUAUUUCUGGGCUUUGCAGGACAAAUCAGUUGGCUGAAGCAUCCAAACUUUUUGAUGAAUUGAUGGAAAGGAAAAUCAAGCCAACUGAAGUGACGUAUAAUGUUAUGAUUGAAGGGUAUUGUAGGGAUGGUAACAUUGGUAAAGCCUUUGCAUUGCUCGACGACAUGCUCCAAAAGGGCCUUGUUCCAGACACAUAUACCUACAGACCUCUUAUCAGUGGCCUUUGUUCUACUGGUAGGGUUUCAGAAGCUAAAGAUUUUAUUGAUGGUCUCCACAAGCAGAAUCUCAAGUUAAAUGAGAUGUGCUAUAGUGCACUUCUACAUGGUUAUUGCCAGGAAGGAAGGUUGAUGGAUGCACUUAGUGCUUCUUGUGAAAUGGUUCAAAGAGGAAUUAACAUGGAUCUGGUUUGUCAUGCUGUUCUUAUUGAUGGUGCUCUGAAGCAGCUAGACAGGAAAAUGUUAUUUGGUCUCUUAAAAGAGAUGCAUGAUCAAGGAUUGAGGCCUGAUGAUGUAAUAUAUACAAGUAUGAUUGAUGCAUAUAGCAAAGAAGGAUCUUUUAAGAAAGCUUUUGAAUGUUGGGAUUUGAUGGUUACUGAGGAGUGCUUUCCUAAUAUUGUGACUUAUACUGCUUUGAUGAAUGGUUUAUGCAAAGCAGGUGAAAUGGACAGAGCAGGUCUUCUUUUUAAAAAGAUGCUGGCUGCAAAUGUCCAUCCUAAUUCAAUCACAUAUGGCUGUUUUCUUGACCGUCUUACAAAGGAGGGAAAUAUGAAGGAAGCUAUAGGGCUUCACCAUGCAAUGGUUAAAGGGCUUCUAGCAAACACUGUAACAUAUAACAUCCUUAUCCGUGGCUUCUCCAAAUUGGGUAAAUUUCAUGAAGCCACCAAAAUUCUUUCUGAAAUGACUGAAAAUGGUAUUUUCCCUGAUUGUAUUACCUAUUCGACUUUAAUUUAUGAGUAUUGCAGAAGUGGAAAUGUAGGAGCAGCUGUUAAAUUGUGGGAUACCAUGCUAAACAAAGGUCUUGAGCCAGAUUUGGUUGCAUAUAACUUGCUAAUAUAUGGUUGUUGUGUUAAUGGAGAGCUCAACAAGGCAUUUGAAUUGCGUGAUGACAUGUUGAGGAGAGGGGUGAAGCCAAGGCAACAUUUGCGAGCAUUGCAGAAGGGGCAAUAUAGGAGCAGCAGUUAAAUUGUGGAGCAGCAGUUAAAUUGUGGUAUCGCAUGCUCUAAACAAAGGUAUGGAGCCUGAUUUGGUUGUGUGUGAAUUUCUGAUAUAUAGUCGUUGUGUUAAUGGAGAGCUCAACUAGGCAUUUGAGUUGCAUGGUGACAUGUUGAGGAGAUGGGUGGAGCCAAGGCAGAAUAUAUAAAAUCUCUUGAGGCUGAAUUAUUUGAAAAAGAGGUUGAUGCUUGAAGUUGAAGGUGGUUUCUGCAGCCUGCAAAUGUGGAACUGUAUGCGUUAGUAAUCCCUAUGAUAUGGUGUCAUAUCCAAAUCAGAAGAACCCGGUUGAAGUGGAAAAGAAGAAAGUUACAGAAGUGAAUAAGAGGAGGAGAACUGGAGAAGGAACCUGUCAAAACAAAAUGGAAAAGAAAAGAUUGAAUAUUACAGAGAGGGAAACCAAAAUUUAAGCAAUGACACUUCCCAUAUGAAUUAUAUGAAACUGUAAAUUUCGAUUGAAACUGGUUGCAAGGCUUUUUUUGUAUGAGGAAAUUCUUAUGUUCAGGUUAAUACUAUUUUCAAUCUACUUACAACUUGAAGAUGCUAUAAUAUUCGGCAAAGCAGUAAUGUUCCCUGUCAAGAUUGGUGCAUAGAUAUUAGAAUACUGUGAAAGUAUAGACUGCUUAUGAUGCAAUUGAUACAAAAUUUGUUUAGCUGAUUGGACACAGGGAGUUGUAGACUGCAAAAUUUGUAUUGCUGCAGUCUGCAUGAACAGAAUUAGUUAAUAACUCAUUU